GUCGAGACUUGGAUAUCUUGAACUUGAGAACGGACGAAAUCUCACUUUCGAUUGAUUUUACUUAUAGCUUUUGGCCUUGUGGAUUUCUACACCCUGUACAUCUGAAUCAUGGCUUCUGAAAAUAAGCAAGUUUGUCUCGUUAUUGGUGCUUCCAGGGGCAUUGGCCGCCAGGUUGCUGUCGACCUCGCAAAACAUGGAUAUUAUGUGGUCGUCGCCGCCAAAACCACAUCCGACGCUUCCACAAUCCCAGCAUCAGAAUUCCCCCCUGAUCCAAACUCACCAAAAUCCACAAUCAACACAGUAGCACGUGAAAUUACCGAAGCCGGAGGAUCAGCUCUCGCCUUACCCGUGGACGUUCGAGAUGUUGAGAACGUCAAAGACCUGAUCGAUGAAGUGGUCAGGAGGCUCGGUCGCCUGGAUGUUCUCAUUUACAACUCCGGCGCCAUCUGGUGGAGUGCCGUCGAAACCACUCCCGUCAAGCGGUUCCAAUUGAUGCAACAGAUCAAUCCUCAAGGUCUUUAUGCCGCUGUAUCUGCAGCCCUGCCUCAUUUUGGCAAAAAUGGAUGGAAGGGUCGAAUUAUUGUCGUCAGUCCACCGAUUUAUUCCCGUUUCUUCAAGGGAAAGACGGCAUAUGCCAUGGGGAAAGUCGGUAUGAGUGUUUUGACGAAAGGUCUUGCUAUCGAUUUUGUUCGGCAGGGGAGAAAGGAUAUGGCUAUCACAAGUAUUUGGCCUGCUGCGUCGAUAGAGUCUGCCGCCACGUAUGGAGCGGUGUCGACGGAUCAAGAAUUGUUGAAAGAUCUUCGCAAAGCGACCAUAUAUUCCGACGCUAUCCUAGCCAUGCUUCAAUCCCCUGCGGAGGAAGUCAAUGGACUUUUGGAUCUUGACGAAGACUUUUUGCGCAAAAAGGGUGUCACGGAUUUUUCAAAGUAUAAUGUUGUUCCAGGAGCUUCGCCUCGAAGGAUCAUGCCGGCAGUAUUCCCCGAUUUGACUGUUGCAGAACAAGAUGAUGAGGGUAGGAGAGUUGACAGUGUCAAGUUACGAGAGGGGAGAGAAGCGGAUAAGGCGAAGUUGUGAUUGUGCAUACACCUACACUCUGUGUGUGUCUACUUGAGGGACAUCUUGAGACGAUUGAAUGUAAUUUCAACCCGAGGGUCGUCGGUCAGAACACCACCCAGAGGAGUAUGUUAUGUCGAAAUCUUCAUUGGAUGCCUUGUGGCUCAGCAGGCG